CCACUGCUUCCAGUGGCCUCUCGGGGCAGACUCAAGGCCAGCGGUGAGCGGCCAGGAGCAAAGCAAACACUCCAGCCUUAUCUCGGGCUCGGAUGACGGCGGCUAUAAGGACGAGGCCACUGGCUCCUUCUUCCACUCACCUCCUUGGCAGCAGCAUGAAGCUCCUGGUGCUGGCCGCUCUGCUCACAGUGACCGCCUCAAUGGAUUUGGACUUAGACCCGCGGGCGGUGUGGCAGUUCCGUAGCAUGAUCAAGUGCACCAUCCCCGACAGUGACCCCUUGAAGGAUUACAACAACUACGGCUGCUACUGCGGCCUGGGCGGAUCGGGCACUCCAGUCGAUGAACUGGACAGGUGCUGCCAGACUCAUGACCAGUGCUACAACCAGGCCAAGAAGCUGAGCAGCUGUGAAUUCAUUCUGGAUAACCCCUACACCAAGACCUACAACUACAAGUGCAACAGCAAUGUGAUCACCUGCAGCAGUAGCAACAAUGAAUGCCAGGCCUUCAUCUGCGAAUGUGACCGCAAUGCUGCCGUCUGCUUUUCAAAGGCGCCAUACGACCCGGCUAACAAGAAUCUGGACUCCGGGGAGCGCUGUCAGGGCUGAGCACCCCCUCUGACCAGAGCCUUCCAGUUGCCUUUGCGUACGCCGUGCCUCCAUUAAAGCACCUGUCGAAAUCCCA